UGAAAAGGUUAUUGAAAUGAAUGGUCAAAAGAGCAAUGAAGGCGCCUAAACAGUAAGCUUUAUUCUUCAAUACAAUAAUACUUAUAAAUCAAUUGCAUUGGCCAAGUGCUUCACUGAUAAAUCUCAUCUGGGUCUGUUCCCAAUUUUCAAAUGGAACGAUCACUUGCUUGCCCCAGUGUUAAGGAACAGCUUCCGUCGAUUCAGGGGGACGCUAAUGCAUGGUGUUCUUUUAAAUUAAUAUUUUCUCCUUUUCGAGCUUCGUGAAUUUCAAUCUCUUUCUUUGAUUCUUUGUGUUUCUGACUGCUUUUUGGUUGAAACUCAAUCUGAUUUUGUGGUAGUUCAGAGCACGAGGCCUUUGGAAUGUCAACUUGAAUCUAUUAUUGUCUGGAUGUUUCUGGGUAUUUAAAUGUUUGUGAAAAUGCCGCUGAGAGAAUUUUUCUUGGAAGAGACUAUUUUUAGUUAGUAAAACAGGGCUGUUUGAUUGUACUUCUGUGGAAAGGAUUUUGGGGUGGAAAAAAAAAAUGGAAAAGGGUCAACUUGGCUCAAUUCAUGGGUUAAAGAAUAUGGUGGAAGAUGAGGAGAUGAAAAUGGUGUCAUCUUUGCCUUCAAUUCCUCAGCCUCAAACUCCUCAAGAGCCCAUGGAGUUUUUGGCAAGGUCAUGGAGUCUAUCAGCUUCUGAGAUUACAAAAGUUCUUGCUCAAAAGCAAAAGCAACUUUACAUUGAAAAGAGCCCCAUCACAAUUCCUGAGACCAUUGUUGCCCCACAACUUCCAGAAAAGAUAGUGAAUUCUGUCCAUGCUUGGAGGGUAGGAUCAUUUGGAAAAUGGUUUCACUUUCCCCACAAGGAGGCUGGUAAUAGUAUUGUCAAAAAGAAGGAUAGAGCAAGAAUUGAAAAUGCUAGAGUUCAUUCUGCUAUAUCUGUGGCCGCACUUGCUGCAGCCUUGGCUGCUGUAGCAGCAGCAGAGAACUCUGGUGGCUCUGAUUCGAAAAUGGGUGCGGCUCUGGCCUCAGCUACUGAGAUUUUGGCGUCUCAUUGCAUAGAAAUGGCUGAAUUUGCUGGCGCGAACCAUGAGCGCCUCGGUUCAGCUAUUAGAUCGGCAGUUGAUGUUCGAAGUCCGGGUGACCUCAUGACUCUAACAGCAGCAGCUGCCACAGCUUUGCGAGGAGAAGCUGCUUUCCGAUCAAGAUUGCCAAAGGAAGGCCGAAAAAUCGCUUCUGUGAGUCCUUAUGAUAGGAUAACGGCUCAGAAUCAUUGGACUACAGCUUUUAAUAGUCAUAUGGAGGAGCAGGAACUUCCUUGUGUGGGCGAAUUACUGCAGUUUACACGGAAAGGAACCCUGAGAUGGAAGGAGGUCUCCGUCUACAUCAACAAGAAAUCUCAGGUUAUAGCAUCGAUUAAAAGCAAGCAUGUUGGAGGGGCCUUUUCCAAGAAAAACAAAUGUGUAGUUUACGGGCUCUGCGACGAAACUUCUUCAUGGCCAUAUGAAAGAAAGAGAGAUAUCUCGAACGAGAUCUAUUUCGGCAUGAAAACCGCACAAGGUCUUCUAGAGUUCAAGUGCAAGAACAAGAACCAUAAGCAGAGCUGGGUUCAAGGGAUUCAAAGUCUUCUUCAUCAAGUUAACUGCAUCGAAACAACGAGAAGGUCUUUACAGAUUUUGAGUUUGAGUGAGAGUAUAUAAAUUACUUGUGGAUUUGGUAUAAGCAUAUAUAAAAUUAUUGUUAGUGUGCAUAAAAUCUUGGUAUAUCAAGUAUUUUUCUUUGGUAUAUCUAAAUCCACAUCUGCAAAUUUAAUUUU